UUAAACCGGAUUAUUAUUUUUUUUUUUUUUCGAAUUCCAAUAGGUGUGGUUCAGCAACAGGCGUGCCAGGUGGCGCAAACACAUGGGGACGUCGCAACAUCAUCAACAUCCCAACUCGGGGGGAGGAGGAAGCUCGUCAUCGGAGCCGAGCAUCGGCUCCAUCGGUCUGCCUUAUCAGAGCCAACCGGCCGUCGCCUCCCAUAUUGGCCAAUACAGCGCAUCGGAAUCGACUGGAACCACGUCAGAUCGUUGCUGGCCGGAUCGCACUGGCGGUGGCAAUUUCCUGUUUCCGCAAUCAGCAAACACCGGAGGCGUAGCUAGUUCGGCAUUCAACACGGCGGAAUCUUUCGGACAAUUAUUCGCGACCGCGGCGACGGCUACACCAAGUGGCGGAUUAAGCAACUACACUCCGACUUCUUCUUCCGCAUCAUCCGCUGGUGUGGAAUACCCAUCGCAUCCGCACCAUCACUUACCGGGGGCCCUUGGCGAAACCGGUUGGAAUGCUGUGAAAUCCGGCGGCGGCGGCGGCGGAAGCGCUGGCAAUUCCAUCGGAACCGAAAUGCCCAGCUGGACAACUCCUCCGGCUUCUUUCAACGGAUUCGACAACUACAACGGUCUGGCCACGGGUGAAAUGUUUAUGGGUCACCAUCAUCACCAUCACCAUCAUCAGAGCUAUGCGGAUAUCGGAAAAGCCGCCUCGGCCUCCUUCUCUUACGGCCAUCAUCACAAUCCGGCCGUUGUGGGCGUUUCUUCGGCCGCCGCAGCCGCCGUGGCUUACCAGAACUAUAAUUUGGCCAAAGGAAACAGUGCUGCGGCAGCCUCAUUCGGAUUUUACUUAAAAAAAAAAUUACUAAAAAAAGGAUAAAUUAUAUUUUCAAAUAUUUCUGAAAAUGUCAUCAUAGGGAGGGAUUGUAAAAUCUCAGGAAUGAAAAAAACAUUCAAACGUAUUACUUGAUCUGCAUAUUUUCUUUUCUAUCAUGCCUUAAAAUAUGACAUCAUCAUGAUAUCAAACAUUAAAUAAACUAGUUCAUCGGAAUGUAAUCUUCAGUGCUAAAGUAACGCAUGUCUCUUAAUAUUUUCUAUUCUUAUCUUUUUUAAAAAAUAAGGAAAAUACAUUAUCUCUUAUCUG